AUAAUAACAACGUUCUGUCCGGAACUUACAAGUUAACUUUUGUUUCCCACGGCCUUUUUAUUUUACAGGACCUCUUUCUUGACAGCAAGUAGCACUAACGUUAAACCAUGAUAGGAGUGGAUUCUGGGCUGUACAUCGGGUGUGUGUCCGACCUGAAGGACGCUCAGAGCCUGACAGACGCAGGUGUAACACACAUACUCACCGUUGACUCGGAGGAACCUGCUGUCCAUGGAUUCCACACCAAAUUUGUCCGAGCUCUGGAUGAUGCGUCCACAGACCUCCUGAGCAGACUGGAUGACUGUGUCAGCUUCAUAUGUGAUGCUCUCAGCACGAACUCUGAAUCCAGAUCAUCAGCAGUUCUUGUGCAUUGCCACGUAGGGCAAAGUAGAAGUGCUGCUGUGGUGACUGCUUACCUGAUGAAAACACAGCAUCUCAAUGUACAGGAUGCAUAUUCUAAACUCCAAAACUUAAAAGCAGAUGUUAAAAUGAAUGAAGAAUUUAUGGACCAGCUGGCACUUUAUGAAUUAAUGGAUUGUAAAGUAGACAUCACAAAUCCGUUAUAUAAACAGUUCAGACUGAAGAAAAUUACAGAGAAAUAUCCAGAACUCCAGAAUAUUCCAAAAGAUGUCUUUGCUGUUGACCCGGCGCAAACCCAGAAUGCAGAAGCUGUAUACAGAUGUAGAAAGUGCAGACGCACGCUUUUCCGUCACUCCAGCAUUCUCACUCACUGUGUUGGAAGUGGAGCCUCUGCGUUCUCUCAUAAGAAGACUAGGAUAGUGAGUGAUGGGGAAAAUCAGAGACAGUGCACAUCUUACUUUAUAGAGCCAGUGCAAUGGAUGGAGCCGGCCUUGCUAGGUGUUAUGGAUGGACAGCUUUUGUGUCCCAAGUGCAGCUCCAAGCUGGGCUCCUUUAACUGGUACGGUGAACAGUGUUCCUGUGGGCGCUGGGUGACACCAGCCUUCCAGAUUCACAAGAACCGAGUGGAUGAAAUCAAACACAUCAGUGUAUCAGCUCUCAGAUGACUCGCAAAUAAAGAUCUGUAUUAUAUGCUCAGAA